GUCGUUUGCGUCUGCGUCCUGCACCCUCCGGGCGUGGCGAGGAAGCCCUGGCGGGACUGGGACAGGGAGGAGGUCGCGCGGCGAGGGUGGCGCUGCCCGCGCCUCAGGUGAGUCCGCGGCCCCGCCCGCAGGACCGAGGGCAGCCGAGCCGGCUCCGCAGGAGAAUGCCUCAGAAACCUAGGACAUACUCUCUUUUCCUGUUCCUUUUUCUGAACCAUGAAAUGGCAAGUCACAGUGCUCCAAGUUCCAGGCAAGAUCUGCAUCCGUUGUUGCAAAAAAUGGCAGAAGAAAUAAUAGAUGGAAGCUACCUGAAUGCAUUACUGGAUCUCAUACAAUUUCAAAGCUCCCAUCUGUGGACAGCAGACCUUUCCCACAAAGUCCUGGCCUAUCUGAAUUUGCAGAAUGUUGCCUUCACUAUCCCCAGCCUGCAGGCAGCCAUGGAAAACCACCUGGAGCAGCGUUUGUACCAGCCCCAGAAACUGCUGGAGGACCUGAGGGAAAUGGAAGCUCAGCGAUUCCACACUGCCAUGAAAUACCUCUUAGAGGACAAGAAAGACCUCUUGGAACUGGAAGAUGUAGUUAUUGACUUGGGAGAGGUUCGGAAACAUGCCUUGCAGAGCCCAGGCGUGAACCGCAGCCUGUUUCUCAUCACGCUGGAGAGGUGUUUCCAGGUGCUGAACUCCCUGGAGUGUGUGGAAGUCUUGGGUAGGGUGCUGAGGGGAUCCUCAGGCAGCUUUCUCCAGUCGGACGUCACAGAGAGGCUUCCCUGGGACCUGCGCGAGGACGCCUUCAAGAACCUAUCUGCCGUAUUCAAAGAUCUCUACGACCAAACCUCUGCUCAUUCCCAGAGAGCUUUGUACUUCUGGAUGGCUGGGAUUUUGCAGACCUCCUUCAACGCCACUGAUGAGUCUGUUUCAUGGGUCAGUGCAGAAAACUUAUGGAUUUUGGGCAGAUAUAUGGUUCACCUUUCAUUUGAAGAAAUUAUGAAAAUUAGUCCUAUAGAAAUUGGACUGUUUAUCAGCUAUGACAAUGCCACCAAGCAGCUGGACACGAUUUAUGACAUCACACCUGAACUGGCCCAGGUGUUUCUGGAGAGGAUCAGCUCCUCCAACUUUGACAUGAGGAAUACCUCUACCAUCCACAGGCUGGGGCUGCUGGUCUGUUUCUACGAUGACCUGGAGCUGCUGGGUGCCCCUGCGGCCAGAGUCCUCCUUCACCAGAUGAUUAAGUGCAGCCAUCUGAGGGGCUUCCAGGCUGGUGUUCAGAAGCUCAAAGCUGACCUUCUGGACAUUGCCACAGAGAACCAGACCCUCAGUGAGGCUCUGGGCUCAUUGUCGGAUGCAGUCGUGGGCCUGACCUACAGUCAGCUGGAAUCCCUUUCCCCUGAGGCUGUGCACAGCGCCAUCUCUACUCUCAGCCAGGUCUCAGGAUGGGCCAAGAGCCAGGUCAUCAUCUUGUCUGCCAAAUACUUGGCCCACAACAAGGUGCUGUCCUUCUACAACGUCAGCCAGAUGGGCAUGCUUCUGGCGGGGGUCAGCACCCAGGCCUUCUACCGUAUGGAUCUCAGGGACCUCUCGCAGGUCCUGAGAAGCACCGUCUCCCUGCAUGUGUCCGACCUGUCACCUGCCCAGCAGCAAGGUGUCCUCAGAAAGAUGGUUGGUGGAGACAGUGCUUCAGGCAUCGUGGAGAUACAGGGGGCUUUCUUUAAAGAAGUGUCUCUCUUCGAUUUAUGGAGGGAACCUGGAUUCAACUCUACAGUUCUAAAGGAAAAGGAGCUUCGGAGGAGUCAGGCUUUGUUCCUGUAUGAACUUCUUUCGAAGACAACCAGAAGGCCUGAGGAGCUCCUGAGCACAGGGGAGCUGGUCAAAGGCGUGACGUGCUCCCACAUUGAUGCCAUGAGCAUGGACACCUUUCUGGCCCAUUACCAGUAUUUUGAGAACAACCUCUCCCUGCUUUCGCCAUACCAGGUUAAUUGUUUGGCGUGGAAAUACUGGGAAGUUUCCAGGACCUCCAUGCCACCCUUCCUCUUGGCUGCACUCCCGGCUCAAUACCUGGCUUCUGUCCCAGCCUCCCAGUGUGUGCCCUUUCUGAUCAGCCUGGGGAAGAGUCAGUUGAACUCCUUGGUUUUAGAUGCCCACAAAAAGAAUUUAGUCCUCAGGAAAGUGCAGCAAUGCCUGAACAACUCCAUUGCUGACGAUUUCACUGUGGACAUCCUGGGGAACCUGCUCUGCCACUUGCCAGGGGCCAUCAUCUACCACGGGGUCUCCCCCAGGGCCUGGGCCACAGCCCUGCAUGGCCUCAGAGACUGCCCGGACCUCAGCCCUGAGCAGAAGGCUGCAGUAAGGCUCCGGCUCCUGCAACAGCAUGGACUCCCCCAGAACUGGACAGCUGAGACUAUGAAGGACUUGGGACCCUUUCUAGUCCUUUUCUCAGAAGAUGAAUUAAGCUCUAUUGCUACAAAGUUUCCUGAUAUCCUUCAACAAACAGCCUCCAAAAUGGCUGGGCCCCUGCCCCCCAAAGGAUUCCUCUGGGUUGUCUUUGAAUCUGUUCGGAACCACAGAGAGAAGAGCCCCAGCCCUGACCCCAGCCCUGGUUGCCAUGGAGUUGCAGCUCCCUCUUCCAAUGACAUCUUCCAGUUGGCCGAAGCCAAUGCCUGCUGGGCUCCAGAGGACCUGCUCUGCAUGGAGGAAGACACGUUCAUCAGGAAUGCAGAGCUACUGGGGGCUGUCAGGGGACUCAGCCAGCCUCAGCUGAUGGCCCUGAAGGAGAAAGCCGUGCAGGUUUGGGACAGGCCUUCUUACUGGAGAGAAUACCAUAUCGUCUCCCUGGGGCACAUCGCUCUAGCUCUUAAUGAGAGUGAGCUGGAGCAGCUGGACCUCAGCUCCAUUGACACUGUGGCUUCCUUAAGCCAGCAGACAGAAUGGACCCCAGGACAGAUCAUUCACUCAGACGUUCAUUCAUUCAAAAACUACUUAUUGAACUUCUACUCUGCGUCAGCCAUUGAACGAAGUGCUGGGGGGUACAAUAGUGAAUUAGUUGGAUACGCUGGAUUAACUAAGGAAGAGCUCCAAAUGCUCAACAAGGAUUUGAUGCCAUAUUUCCAGCCAUCAGCAAUCAAAUGCCUUCCUGAUGAGAUAUUCAAAGAACUGUCCGCGGAGCAGAUCGCCUCCCUGGGCCCGGAGAACGCGGCGGCCGUGACCCCCGCCCAGCGCGGGCUGCUCAGCAUGGUGCAGCUGCAGAGCCUUCAGCGGGCGCUAGAUGGCGCUAGGACUCGCUCCUGGCUGGACGCGCCCCUGAGCGCCCUCCCCUCCCGAACCCCCUCCUCGCGUUCUUUUCCAGGAGCCUCCACCUCCCGGGGCCUUUGGCUUGGCUGUCCUCUGCUGGUUGCAAUGCCCAGGGUUGCGUGGUGAGCGGUGUGCACCCAUCGCCCUUCAGUGUCCAAGCAGCUGGCCAAGGUGCGUGGAGACAAGGGCACAUCACAUGGUGGGGGACGGUUACCCUGCCCCAGAGCCUCCACUGGGGAAGGGAGACCCCGGGGCCUUGACAUUUCCAAGGCACCAAAAGGAAGAAUCAUUAUUAAAAAUGAUCUUGCCGGUCAGGAAGCCAUUCUCUGCUCCAUUUCAGCCUCUCUUGUUUUCUGGCUUGGAGACAGAAGCCGUGGGGAGGGAAGGGUGUUUUCUGUCAACAGCAUGAGGACCUUUGCACAAGUUUACUGCCCUCCCUCAGGGAGAUGCCAGGGAGCAGAGGGUCCAGGCCAAGGUGCCAUUGUAGCCAGGGCUGGAUUUGGCUUACUUCCCCUUCCUCGGAGCUAUAGGCUGCCCUGGAUUUCUCUGUCUUCAAUAUUUAGCAGAGCUGAAAUAAAUGAAUCCCUCAACAGAAGCCAAUAUUGCUGCCUGAUUGCUGGGACUAAUUGAUGUUUU